AAUGAUUUCAUACUCACUGCCAGGACCAGGACCGUGGCGAGGACCCAUUCGCCAUCUCACGAUCGCGGUUUCAACCUCGAUUCCAUUGCCGUGAAACCGAUUCUCCAUGCCAGCCACCGGCUACGUCGUGCCCGACCUCGAUGACGGGCGGCCCGUGCGUCGCAAAGGCAGCAACAACGCCCACGACCUCGUCGACGAGUCGACACCACUAUCGGCCUUGCGGCGCAAGCCGCAUCGUGGUCUCUGGAGUCCGGCCCACCGCUCCAAGCUGGUUGGGGUGUUCAUGCUGCUCUGGCUCGUCGGUGUCUUGGUUUACCAGCACUAUUACGAUACAUCGCCAAGAGAAAUGCUAAACGAGGACGAUGGGCCAACGGCGCUGCCGAUGCCAGUGUUGCGUCCGCCGUUGGCAGCCAAACCACUAGUGGCGUGGACGCUCGGCGCAGUACUCGACGCAUAUGCGCUGUCGUCGACAGCCUCUGUCAAUGAACUCCAGCAGCUCUUGCUGCGCAUCCAAGACGACACGGCGCCCACGCCACGAGGAAAAUGGACCCGGUCCGAAGCCGAAACCAUACAACUUCUCGUGGUCCAGCGAAUCGAUGCUCUCACGGCGGAGCAAAGCGGAGUCGAAUUCGCGGAUCCGGAAGCGACGUCAAUGGUUGAUGAAGAGGCGCCGAUGGCCAUCGAUCUGCCCUCCAAGCCUUUGGUCGUCGAUGAGCCCACACCGAGUGACGAGCCAGCACCGACGCCAAAAGAGGCCACAGAUGCGCCAACAACGGUGAUGCAACCGACCACCGAAGCACCGACAGGGCCAACGGAGCCUGCGACCGCCGCGCCGACGCUCCGUCCGACGGAAGCACACAUACCGAUCGAGACACUGGCGGCAACAACGCAGCCACCGACACCGACGACGCUGGUUGCCACGACCGAGGCCACCACGGUCGUCACCAGUACAUCGGCUCCGCCACCACAGCCUUCCCUCCGCCGCUCUACACUCGGGUACCAGAGUGAUCUUGUGCUGUGGGUCAAGGCCGACGACGGAGUCCAUGUGCCCGACACCAGCGCGUGCGCCGCCGACGCUUCACAAUGUCGUGUUUACGCGUGGCGCAAUCAAGCGCCCGGUGGAGACGCCUUUGCCUUCAUUCCAAUGUCGACGACACCGACCUCGAUGCUUCCCAUUCUAGUCCCGAACGCGAUCGGUGAUCUCCCAGCGCUCUACUUUACGUGCCCACUGGUUCUGUCACCACCGAGAACGCUGCUUCGUGACAAGUCGACUCUCUUUAUCGUCUUGUCUCCUGCCACACUCAGUGAGUCGCACCAAACUUUUUUCGGGCACACGCCGUACGGUCAAUUCCGGCUCCAGCACCAGCGAGCGAGCUUCUAUGGCGCCGGCGAAGGCGUCGAAGCCGAGGACAACCAAGGUAUUGCGCCCGGCACAUUUUCACUCCUCGUGUACGCCUUGGACUCGACGAUGCGCAUCAAAGUCAACGGACUGCCGUUUGGGUCGGAGACGCAGGACCUCCCCGUGCACCUGUCGCCGCUCGACACGACGGUGCUCGGGAGUGCCAAGCGCACUUGUGACGACAGCGCGUUUCAUGGCCGCAUCGCUGAAGUCUUGUUGUACUCUUCGGUGCUCUCAGCGCCAAAUAUGAACAUGGUCGAAGACUAUUUGCUUUCAAAGUGGGCGAUACCACGAGCCACCCAACACCACGCCGUCAACAAGGCGCCCUUGAAGAACGACGACGACGACAAUACUAUCAUACAGGACGAGGGCGACAGAGCAGUACAGCCGGCGGUACCGGCGACACCGGUGCAACGAAAUGCACUGCGGUCGGGCGUCGCCCUGGUCGGUGGAUACAACCGCGACGACGUGUUUGUGUGGGUACCUCCCGCCGAGGACCCGCGCCUCGCCGCCGAGUGGCGUGGCAUCGUCGCUGCCAAAAUCAAGCUCGUCGAGCGGUUCGAGUUUGGCGGCAAGAUUCUACACGAGUACAUUGACGAGCUCAAAGAGGAGCUCCACGGCGUGCGCAGUGUCAUGUUUCCUUGAUUCUGUUUGCCAAAUGUAAAAUGCUUUUCGUUUCGCUUUCUGCCACAA